AGAGCAGCAGAGACUCAGAGACAACAAGCUGCUGCAGGAGGAGGAGGAUUUAUUCAGCUGCGCUUAUGUUUCAAGAUCAUUUCAUAGUCCAGAUGAGUUUGUAACUUUAUUCCUGAGGUCAAAGUCAAACAUCAACAGCAACCUGAGGUUCUGGUUCUGGUUCUGGUUCUGGUCCAGGUUCUGGUUCUGGUUCUGGUUCUGGUUCUGGUCCAGUGAGACCCAGAGACAUCAUGGCUGCUGCAGAACCUGAUCUGCAGCCUGUGAAACGCAGCAACAGCCUGGAACUGAUUCCUCCUUCCAUGUCUGAGCAGAAGGAUGAAGGUUUAACUGUGGCUGAGAAACGCAAACCUCUGAACCUGGUUCUGUUUGGUCCAAAUGAUCCACUGAAGACGGCAGCAGCCAAGGUCAUCCUAGGUCAGCCAGAUCUUCCUCCAGAGAGGCUCAGGAAGCAGGGAGAGGUGUUUGGACGUGGGGUUUCUCUGGUGCAGCUGCCUGCCUUGGAUGGAAAAGCUCAGCAGGAAGUGAUGGAGGAAUCCUUCAGGUGUGUCUCCCUCUGUGAUCCUGAGGGUGUCCACGCCUUCAUCCUGGUCCUGCCUGUGGGUCCCCUCACUGAUGAAGACAAGGGAGAGUUACACACCAUCCAGGACACAUUCAGCUCCAGAGUCAAUGACUUCACCACCAUCCUCUUCACUGUGGAGUCAGACCCUAAACAUCCAGCUGUUGGGAACUUUAUAAAGGAGAACAGACACAUCCAGGAUCUCCUCCAGAUCUGUGGAGGAAGAUAUUUAGUUCUGGACAUCAGAGACAGACGGCAGAUCCCAGAACUGAUGGAGACGCUGGAGAAAAAUGAUUCAUCUUUUACGACUGAAACAUUAUUUUGGGGCCAAAUGGAAGAUAAACUACAGCAACAGACAGAUAAUCCAGAUUGUCUCCGGAUCGUUCUGAUUGGGAAAACUGGCAGUGGGAAGAGUUCAUCAGGAAACACCAUCCUGGGAAGAAAACUGUUUAAAUCUGGAGUUUUUCCACAGUCAGUUACUAGAAGCUGUGAGAAAGCUGAAUGUGUGAUAGACGGUCGCCAUGUUGAUGUUGUUGACACUCCUGGUCUGUUUGACACCAGCUUGUCCUUGAGUCAGGUUAAUGAAGAGAUAAGGAAAUGUAUCAGUCUGGUGCAUCCAGGUCCUCAUGUCUUCCUGCAGGUUUUACCGAUCGGCAGAUUUUCUAUAGAAGACACUGAGACACUGAAACUGAUUCAGGAAGUUUUGGGAGAAAAUUAUAAGAAGUUUACCAUCGUCCUGUUUACCAGAGGAGAUAUACUGGAAUAUGAUGAGAUCUCCAUUGAACAAUACAUUGAAGAUGAUUGUGAAGAUGCCUGUAAGAAUCUGAUCAGAGAGUGUGGAGGAAGAUACCAUGUGUUCAAUAACCAUCAAAUAAAGAAUCGAUCACAAGUUACUGAUCUGAUCAAAAAGAUCAACAUGAUGGAGAAUGAAGGCAAAUGCUACACCAAGGAGAUGUUACCUGGUCAACAGAAACCAAAAUAAAAUCUCCUGUUUGACUAAUAAAGUUUAUCUGAAUCUGAUUAGUGUUAAAAUAAAGAAAAAGAAAACAAAAUAAACUCCCAGAAUGCAAAGCGCUCAGCCAAUCAUUUGUUUCUGAAAAUGCAUAUUAAUACUAAUCUGUAAUAUUUCCUUAGUUAUUGGUGCUUCACUUUUAUUAUUUUGCCCCUUUUUACAUUUUAGUGUCGUUUAUUUCAUUAUUUUCAUUGUCAUUGUUAUUUUAACUUUACUGGAUUAAUCAUUUUGUGACAGAAUGAAAUAUUGGAGAUUAGAAAUAAACAUUUAAUUUAAAUAAAAUAUGGGCUCAAACUACAUAUUUUCCAGUAUUUUCUGUAGUGUUGAAAAAAAGCAGCUACAAUAACUUUACAUCUUUAUGGACCAACAGGACGGAUCUGCUGAGCAGCUCAGAGGAUAUUUAAAUGUAAAGAUGAUUUAUUAGAAGAUUUUUCCAUAAGUUGAUUAUCUUGUCUGGAUUUUUUAACAUUUCAGGAUGAAAUGAUGUUUUAUUAAUUACAACCUGAUCCAUCAUCAACAACAAACAACAGAUCUAAACUGUAGAUCAGGAACAUUUUAUGGUUUGUUUUGUUUGGGUUGGAAAUAUUUCCAGGACUUUUUUUUUUAUAUGCAUUUAAUUUAUGUUGUUUUUGAUUUAAUGUACUUGUUGGUGGAUGAUUUUUAAUGAAAAAUAAAAUUGUUAUGAAUGA